CAUUUGGAUUGGUUAAACGCAAUCUAUUUUUGGCCAACAAAUUCGUGCCAAAUCCCUCUUUCUUAUGACGUCGUCGUCAGCACCGAAGCACGAAGCACAGGUGAAGUCGCUCUACGUCACGAUCUCUGCGGGACAGCGCACGCUUACAGGUUCAUGUACAAUCGAAUGGCGAAUGGCCGAGCCAGCGCGCGCGAAUCCCUCUUCUCGGGAGCCUCCUCGCGAUCUCAGGCGGGAGGAAAUGUAGACAACGGAGAGCAGGCCAAACGGCUGCUUGAGGAGCAAAACGAUGAGCAGAUCAGUCACUUGUCGCUGCAGAUCACGCAGCUGAAGCAGGUUGGGAGCUGCACCAAAGUUUCUACUUUCGCUUGCUGGUCUUGCUCACCGCGUUGUUGUUUUGUCUUGUUUCAGCUGUCGGGUAAUAUUCAUGCGGAGGUCGUGGACCAAAACCGCUUCUUGGACAGCAUGGGCAAGGAAUUUGACAACACGGAAGGUCUGUUAGGCGGCACAAUGAAGCGACUUGGCGUGAUGAUGGAGCAAGGCGGCAGCAAGCACAUGCUGUAUCUUAUCAUGUUCGUCGUGGUGGUGUUUGUGCUGCUGUACUUUACCAUCCGAUCUCAUUAGAGCCUGGUAAUCAAACGCGAUCCACUUUUCCCUCUUAUAAAUUUGUCAGUAGAGUUUCACUUGAAGCUGGUUGGAAAAGUCACUUGGAUUUUUUCGCAAC